GGUUCCGGCAGUACCAGGAGCCGGGUCGAGAUGGAGGAAGAUGCGAGCGGGGGCCGGCGGCCGCCGGGCAUGGAGGCUCGAGUGGGCGCUGUGGCCUAAAGGGCCGGGUUCGGAGCUCGCCUCAGUCGCGGCAGAACCGCCCUGAUCGGAGGAGGUCUGUAGGCGCCAUGGAGGACAAACGCAACAUCCAGAUCAUAGAGUGGGAGCACCUGGACAAGAAGAAGUUCUACGUGUUUGGGGUGGCAAUGACCAUGAUGAUCCGCGUCAGCGUCUACCCGUUCACCCUUAUCCGCACCCGGCUGCAGGUCCAGAAAGGCAAGAGCCUCUACCACGGGACCUUCGAUGCCUUUGUCAAGAUCCUGCGAGCCGAUGGUGUGACUGGCCUCUACCGGGGCUUCCUGGUCAACACCUUCACGCUCAUCUCCGGCCAAUGCUACGUCACCACGUACGAGCUCACCCGGAAGUUUGUCGCUGACUAUAGCCAGAGCAACACGGUCAAGUCGCUGGUGGCUGGCGGCUCGGCCUCCCUUGUGGCCCAGAGCAUCACGGUGCCCAUCGAUGUGGUGUCCCAGCACCUGAUGAUGCAACGCAAGGGUGAGAGAAUGGGCCGCUUCCAAGUGCGAGCGAGCCCCGAGGGACGAGGGGUGGUAGCCUUUGGCCAAACCAAGGACAUCAUCAAGCAGAUCCUGCGGGCUGACGGGCUCCGAGGCUUCUACCGGGGGUACGUGGCAUCACUGCUCACCUACAUCCCAAACAGUGCUGUCUGGUGGCCCUUCUAUCACUUCUAUGCAGAACAGCUCUCGUACCUCUGUCCUAAGGAGUGCCCACACAUCGUCUUCCAGGCUGUCUCGGGGCCCCUGGCUGCGGCCACUGCCUCCAUCCUCACCAACCCCAUGGACGUCAUCCGCACCCGAGUGCAGGUGGAAGGCAAGAGCUCCAUCAUCCUGACCUUCAGACAGCUGAUGGCAGAAGAGGGGCCCUGGGGCCUCAUGAAGGGCCUCUCGGCCAGAAUCAUCUCAGCCACGCCCUCCACCAUCGUCAUCGUGGUGGGCUACGAGAGCCUCAAGAAGCUGAGCCUGCGGCCGGAGCUGGUCGACUCCCGACACUGGUAACCCUCGGCGGAAGCCAAGCCCACUGGUGGCCGCGCUGCUCUGGGGCAGGGGCUGUGUGGGGAGGGUGGCGCCGCCCCCCGAUGGGCUCCCCGCCACCCCACAUCCGCAGCCCUACCCCAGGGGGCCUGUCUGGGACAGGGCAGAGACGGAACGGCUCUUGCUGAAGAAGCUCCACACCGGGACCCCCUCGCCCAUUACUUUUCAUUUUCUUGCCCGACUGGACUCCCUGGCUCAGUCCCGGUCCUCAGCCCUGACCUAAGGAAACCCACCGUCCAGUGCCACCGCCCCACGCCCUGCGAACCCUUCUUCUGGCUUCCCCCACCGUCUGUGUCCCUGAGACCCUGACCAGAGCUGUACAUAGAGCUUGCUUCCCGUCACUGGUCUUCUCCUGGGCCCUCAGCCCUGCUCCCAUCGGCUGCCACCAGCCCUCUCCCGCCGCCUUCCGCGGGCCCGCUCGUGUUUACUUUGGGACUGAGCUGCCCACCGGACUGCUCUGCUUCUCCCUGCCGACGGGGCGCUGGGGGCGCGAGGCCAGGCACUUCCGCGCGGGCAGUAGGGACAGCAAGAACCUCUGGUGUCCCAGAGCACUUGUCCUCGUCUUUGGAGAGGUGUUAGCUUGGGACAAAUGUUGAUCCUUUAUCUUGUGUGUGUGUUUUUAACACCUGUGAACUAGGUACUGUCAGUCCUGCUGAAGCGCCGUCCUGCAGUCAGAGCCCACCCCUUCCUCAGAAAGGUGGAAAACGCGGCUUUUCCCUCAAUCCCGAUUAUCUGUCCCGUCCACGUUCCUUCCGAGCCAGCAGCCCCCGGACGUGCAGGCCCCGGGGUGAUGGAGGCCGGCCAAGCGGAGAGGACAGCCGGUCCGGGGCAGCCCAGUGGGGCUCUGGGCCCUAGGCAGGGGGCCGCCCGUGUCUGCACCCAGGUCAGCGGGACUCACGGACACACAGGCCUCACAGCGGGAGCCUCCGAGUCGUGAAGCCACUGCUGUUUCUCUCCUCAUCCCAGUGAAGAGUCUUCCUGGUCACAGGCCUCCCGAGGGGUGCUGGGAGAGUCAGGAGCGGGGCACGAAGCCACCUGCUCACGACCGCUGCACUUACCAGCCCGACACUGCCCUGCGCAGCCGCCCGGCACUCCUCCUUCCCCACACGCCGCUGCCACCCAGGCUGCCGCAUCCACAGAAGGCACAUGUGUGGCUGGAGGACCCUUCCCACCUCUCAUCGGCCCACCCCGGAAAGGCCGCGGUGCCGUUGAAAGGUGCUAGCUACCCGAGGCCUUGACACUUCUACGGCUGCCCCCUUCUGUCUCCCUGGCCAGGUCAGAGCCAGACCCCGCUUCUCCACCUCUGUCCACCUGGGUCUGUCAGAUCUUUGAGGGCUAACCCCCUUCACCUCCCUUUGGUUUUGUGUCCCCUCUCCUCCUCUGUCAGGUGUCCCCCAGUGUCUGUCCCCUAGUGGCUCCCCCACACCAGGGUGCACAGUGACUCUGACCCACUGCCCCUCAGUCACCCACCUGCCCAAGAGCCACCAGGAGGGUGGAGGCCAGGGCCCCUGUCUCUGCAGUCUCCGCCCUUCCGCCCCACGCCUCCUCCCUAGAGGCCCGUCUGCCGUGGGCCCCACGCUGGCCACGGGGCCGGGCGGUGGCAGGAGGGGGAGUGCGUGCGCUCACACUGCUUUCCCCCGAGCUCCCCAUGCGGGGUGCCGCACACCUCCCCCCGCCCUCUCUACCUCCCUCUGUUCGGCUGUCCCUCUGUCCACCUCCUUCUCCCUCUGUCCAUUGCUCCCUCCUUCCUCCACCUCUCCCUCUGCCCACCUCCCUCUCUCGCACCCGGCCCCUGGGCUCCCACCCAGCCCGUCAGGGGGCGGGUGGCCUCCGGUUACGGAGCGCCGGGGUGGGCAGAGGGCCGAAGGCGGCGGCCGCUGGACUUGCGGGGGGCUGGUCCGUGGCCCGCCCCGGAAGGAACGUGGGACAACGGGGCGGCGGGCACGCAGGUGCAGCUGGCGCUGGGCACACUGGACUGCUGUGAACACGAGCGGCGGACACCCACUGUUGCACUGUACGAAGUCUCUGACGUGUGAUAACCUUUUUACUGAGCCCCGGG